AUGGCGCACGAGCGCCGAAGGGAGCCUUGGCGGCUCCUGCUGCUGGUGGCGCUGGGGGCGAGCGGGUGGGCGGCGGCCCCCGGAGCCCGGCGGAGCCUGCGGGGGCGCUGGCGGUUGCGCAAUGGGAACGGCUCGCUGGUGCUGAGCGGGGAGGUGCCCGGCUGCGCGCACACCGCCCUGCUCCGGCAGGGGCUCAUCCAGGAUCCUUAUUAUAGAUUUAAUGAUCUGGCCUACAGAUGGAUCUCCCUGGAUAACUGGACCUAUAGCAGAGAAUUCCAAACUCCUUUUGAUGUCAGCAAAUGGCAAAAAGUGAGUUUGGUUUUUGAAGGAGUGGAUACAGUAGCUGAGAUUGUGGUCAAUAACAUCACUGUCGGAAGGACAAACAACAUGUUCAAUAGAUAUAGCUUUGAUAUUACUGAUGUGAUCCAAGAGGUCAGUGCCAUUCAAGUUCACUUCAUAUCUGCCGUUUGGUAUGCCGCAGAGCAGAGUGAAAAUCACCAAGCAUACAGAGUGCCUCCGGAAUGUCCUCCUUCUGUCCAGAAAGGACAGUGCCAUGUUAAUUUCAUCAGAAAGGAGCAGUGCUCGUUUAGCUGGGACUGGGGCCCCUCUUUCCCUACUCAGGGAAUUUGGAAGGACGUUAGGAUUGAAGCGUACAGUCUUUGCCAUCUGAUCUAUUUCUCUGUGACUUCUCACUAUGAGCACAACGCUCGGCAGUGGAGUCUCGAAAUAGAGUCGGAGUUUGAUCUAGUCAGCUCCCAGCCAGUUGGCGGCCUCGCGACUGUGAGCAUUCCUGAGCUGCAGACACUGCAGGCCCAAGCCAUAGAGCUUCGUCCCGGAGAAAGCAGCAUUGCGCUGCUCAUAAACAUAAGUAAGAGUGUGGCAUUGGAGACUUGGUGGCCAAGAGGACACGGAAACCAGACCGGAUACAACAUGACAACAGUGUUCAUUAUAGAGGGAGGAUACAAGAUUGAGAAGAUUUCUAAGGUUUAUUUCCGAACCGUGGAACUUGUAGAAGAGCCCAUUCCCGGGUCCCCUGGCUUAAGUUUUUAUUUCAGAAUCAACCGACUUCCCAUUUUUAUGAAGGGGUCCAAUUGGAUCCCAGCCGACUCUUUUCAAGACAGAGUGAUGUCCAAAAUGUUAAAGCUGCUCCUCCAGUCCGCAGCCGAUGCCAACAUGAACAUGCUUCGGGUUUGGGGAGGAGGUGUAUACGAGCAGGACGAGUUCUACGAUAUCUGUGAUGAGCUGGGAAUCAUGAUUUGGCAGGAUUUUAUGUUUGCUUGUGCGCUUUACCCGACUGACCAGAGCUACUUGGAUUCAGUAAGAGCCGAAAUUACUCAUCAGAUAAAGAGGCUGAAAUCUCACCCGUCUAUCAUUUUAUGGAGCGGGAACAAUGAAAAUGAAGCUGCAAUUGCAGGCAACUGGUUUUUCAUUCCUCAAGCAAAAAUGAGCAUUUAUUCCAAAGAUUAUGUGACACUUUAUGUAAAGAACAUCCGAGAAGUUGUUCUUGCUGAGGAUAAGAGCCGUCCUUAUAUUCCCUCCAGCCCUACCAAUGGGUGGAAGACGGUUAAGGAAGGCUGGCUCUCCCGUAACCCUUACGACACCCAUUAUGGAGAUACUCAUUACUACAAUUACCUCAGUGACUGUUGGGAUUGGACCACGUUCCCCAGAGCUCGAUUUGCCUCAGAGUAUGGUUUUCAGUCCUGGCCUUCCUUCAGCACCCUGGCAAAGGUGUCAUCUGAGGAGGACUGGUCAUACACGAGCAACUUCUCCCUCCAUCGACAGCACCACGCUAAGGGUAACGACCAAAUGCUUCAGCAGGCUGGGCUCCAUUUUAAGCUGCCUGGAGGAACACACCCUCUUGAGAACUUCAGACACACAAUCUACCUCACUCAGGUCACGCAGGCUGAGUGUAUCAAGAGGGAAACGGAGUUCUAUCGCCGCAGCCAAAGCGAGAUAAUCAACGGGGAGGGCCAAACGAUGGGGGCGCUCUAUUGGCAACUCAACGAUAUCUGGCAAGGCCCUUCCUGGGCUUCUCUCGAAUAUGGUGGCAAAUGGAAAAUGCUCCAUUAUUUUGCUCGACGCUUCUUUUCUCCUUUAUUGCCCGUGGCGCAUGAGGACGAAGAUGCAUUCUACAUAUACGGGGUCUCAGAUCUCCACUCAGACGCUGAGCUGACUCUCAAAAUCAGCCUGCACCACUGGAGUUCUUUGGAGCCGGCCUGUACUAUCGCCAAAGAGGGUGUGACCAUUAAGGCAGGAAGUGCUGCCGCCAUCUAUAAGGAGCCGAUGGGUGACCUUUUGAGAAGAUGUGGAAACUGUACAAGGCAGAGCUGCGUCGUCACCUUUUACCUCAUAGGAGGAGGCAAGCUGUCCAGCCCGAGCAACUACUACUUCCUGUCUUCGCUAAAGGACGCAGUGGGACUGCAGAAGCCACACCUUACUGUUUCCCUUUCCCAAGAGCAAGAUCACUUUCGGCUUGUCCUGGAAACCGCUGCCAUUGCUCCUUUUGUUUGGCUGGACGCUGGGGACAUCCCUGGGACCUUCAGCGACAAUGGAUUUCUUCUCACGGAGAAGAAAAAGACGGUAUUGUUCCAUCCCUGGGAGAGCACCAGUGUCAUGGAGCUGAAGAAGUCACUCAGCUUAACAUCCCUGACAGACAUUUCCUGAGGAAAGUC